UAUACGUAAAGAAGACUGGCCGCUAGGGCUCAGGACCGGGAUUCUCCACGUUCCGCAGAAACGUGCGCUGCUGUUGCUUUGGGAGGGGGAAAGUCACACUGUCUCCAGUGAAAACUGACAGAGGGUGGUGGCGUUUAGAACCUUCGUGAAGUCUUCUGCCUGGAACCCGAGACUUGCAUGCUAUGGAACACCCUCUCUUUGGCUGCCUGCGCAGCCCUCACGCCACGGCGCAAGGCUUGCACCCGUUCUCCCAGUCCUCUCUUGCCCUCCAUGGAAGAUCUGACCAUAUGUCCUACCCUGAGCUCUCCACUUCUUCCUCUUCUUGCAUAAUCACGGGAUACCCCAACGAGGAGAGCAUGUUUGCCAGCCAGCAUCACAGGGGGCACCACCACCAUCACCAUCACCACCAUCACCACCACCAGCAGCAGCAGCACCAGGCUCUGCAAACCAACUGGCACCUCCCGCAGAUGUCCUCCCCUCCGAGCGCGACUCGGCACAGCCUUUGCCUCCAGCCCGACUCAGGAGGACCCCCGGAGCUGGGGAACAGCCCGCCGGUCCUGUGUUCCAACUCCUCCAGUUUGGGUUCCAGCACCCCGACCGGAGCAGCGUGCGCGCCGGGGGACUACGGCCGCCAGGCGCUGUCGCCCGCAGAGGCGGAGAAGAGAAGUGGCGGCAAGAGGAAAAGCGACAGCUCAGAUUCCCAAGAAGGAAAUUACAAGUCAGAAGUUAACAGCAAACCCAGGAAGGAAAGGACAGCUUUUACCAAAGAACAAAUCAGAGAACUUGAAGCAGAAUUUGCCCAUCAUAAUUAUCUGACCAGACUGAGGCGAUAUGAGAUAGCAGUGAAUCUGGAUCUCACUGAAAGACAGCUCAUCCUCUUUGUUCAGUCUCUGGCUUCAACCACUGAAUCACAAAUAUUCUCCUGCUGGGAAUCAGAAAGGGCAGAGAUGAGGAACCCAGGAGCCCAACAGGAUGUUUCUGUUUCCCAGGGAGUUCGCAUGAUGUUUUACAUGAUGAAGCCCAAUGAAACAUCUUUCCAAACCUUAGAAGAGGUGCCUGAUUACGUAAAAAAGGCAACUCCAUUUUUCAUUUCCUUGAUGCUGCUUGAAUUGGUUGUCAGCUGGAUUCGCAAAGGGAAACUUCCAGGUCAACUGGAUGACGCUUUAGCAUCAAUGUCAGCUGGUGUUCUUUCUCGGCUUCCAUGGCUGUUUUCCAGGAGUAUCGAACUGACCAGUUACAUUUAUAUCUGGGAGAACUACAGGCUUUUCAUUUUGCCUUGGGAUUCUCCAUGGACUUGGUAUUUUGCCUUUUUAGGAGUUGACUUUGGCUACUACUGGUUCCAUCGCAUGGCCCAUGAGAUUAAUAUUAUGUGGGCCGGACACCAAACACACCACAGUUCUGAAUACUACAACCUGUCGACAGCGCUGAGACAAUCUGUCUUCCAGAUAUAUACUUCCUGGAUUUUCUACUGUCCCUUGGCCCUCUUCAUUCCGCCUUCAGUAUAUGCUGUUCAUCUUCAGUUCAAUCUCCUCUACCAAUUUUGGAUCCACACAGAGGUAAUCAAUCACCUUGGUCCUUUGGAACUGAUUCUUAAUACUCCUAGCCAUCAUAGAGUACAUCAUGGUAGAAACCGUUACUGCAUAGACAAAAAUUAUGCUGGCACUCUUAUUAUAUGGGAUAGAAUUUUUGGGACAUUUGAGGCAGAGAAUGAAAAAAUUGUAUAUGGGCUAACACAUCCCAUUAAUACAUUUGAACCAUUCAAGGUGCAGUUUCACCAUUUAUUUUACAUUUGGACUACAUUCUGGGCCACACCUGGAUUCUUCAAUAAGUUUUCUGUCAUAGUUAAAGGACCAGGCUGGGGUCCAGGUAAACCAAGACUUGGACUGAGUGAAGAAAUCCCAGAGGUCACAGGGAAAGAAGUGGCCUUCUUAUCUUCAGCCUCUCAACUAUUAAAGAUAUACGGAGUUGUACAGUUUGCUCUGAUGCUGGCAUUUUAUGAAGAUACCUUUGCAGAUAAAGCUGCACUUUCACAGCUCACUCUCCUUCUGAGGGUUUGCUUCAUUAUCCUCACGUUGACCUCCAUUGGAUUUCUUAUGGAUCAAAGACCCAAGGCAGCUGUUAUGGAAACUUUCCGUUGCUUGUUGUUUCUGACGCUGUGUAGAUUUGGUCACUUGAAGCCUUUAAUCCCUUCCCUGUCAUUUGAUUUUGAGAUUUUUUUUUCCAUCUGUGUUGCCUUCUGGGGAGUAAGAAGCAUGCAAGAACUUGCCUCCAGGCCUUGAAAAUAACAUAAGUAUGUGCAUAAUUCUCUUGUUUUAACCAGUUGUUCACAACCACAAAUUGUUAAUGCCUAUGAAAAAUAAUUAUUUUUAUGUAAUGUUUACAUGGAUCGUUUCAUUAAUGAAAGCGAAAUGUAUUUCUUUACUAUUGUUUGCUUUUCAAAUUUAUUAUGUCCUAUUAAAGUCAGUUGCAUUUACUUUCCUCUAUUGUUUAUGUUGAAAAUUGAUCCUUUUUAAUAAAAUGAUGUUAUAUUCAUUAGUAGCAUCCAAGCCGAUGAGUACAGGAAGCAGAGGAAUGGGAAAAACUUAAAAACAGUAAAUAGAAUGAAAAUCGCCUUUGCAUUGACAAUUUUUCUUUGAUAUUUGCUAUAAUUGUGCUUAGAUACAUAUUUGUAGUUAUAAAAAUGUAUUGCAUUAGAUGUCUGCCUCUGGCUGUAUUUACCUUUGCAAACCACGCAACCUAAGGAGCUACAGUACAGAAAAAGAUAUGACUGAAAUGAAAAUUAAUAAAAUUUGUCAGAAUUAGUGUAUUUGACAUUAAUUUACAAUGCAUAUGACUGAUAUGUUUGGCCAAUUUGUUUUGUCAGAUUGGGGAAUAUGCAGUAAUUAUGUAUUAUUUUAAAUUGUCACAAUAAUAUUAGUAAAACUCUCUAAAUAAAAGUGCCCAGAUGUUGUGCACCCAUUAUUCUUUGAGAUUAUACAAAUCUGCCAAGUGUCUCAUGGGAGGGAGCUAACAUGGAUAAGCAGGAAAAGAUUCUAAGGAGGAGGACAGAAAAUCAUUGAAAAAGUUUUUCUCUCCCUUUCUGCCAAUAAUUCUUAGAUUUGAAAUGAGAAAUCAAAUAAUCAAAGUUACAAGCACUAAGACAAUUAAUGCUGUCCUCAUUGAAUUUUGCCUAUAUUUAUCACUGGGUUAAAAAGAUCUGAUCAGUGGCUGACAUCAUCUUUGAGCAUGUUAUUUAAGCUUACAACAGAGAAAAACAAGGAACUAUUAAAAGAAACAGAGUCCAGGUGCUAUGUGGACUAGUGAUGCAGGAUUGAAACACAUUUGUUUUUCAAAUGGGAACAGCAGAGGAAGACUAUAUUUGCAUGAUGGAAAAAUUAACAAAUUAUAUCUCAAACGUCAGAAGUCGGGGUUUGGCUUUGCUUCAUUCAUCUUUUUAUACUUCUUAAUUUAACACAGAGUCAGAGCAAGUUCUUAAGCCCAUAACAAAUGCUAAACCCUACUGUUCUCUCUUACCAAUGAAUGGUUCCUGCUGGAUUUUGCAUGUGAAGAAUCAUGUUAAAUCAUGGAGCCCUCUGCUGGCUUGAAAUUGCUAAACUUAUAGCAUAGAAAUUCUCAAGGCCCUCAUUCCUACAUUCUAAAUCUUCAUUCUGUAAUAGGUCACAUCAUCCAGUAAUGCAAAGAAAAGAGAUUUUUUUUAUAGCUCCUUAAAUAGCUUUUUUGUUUGUUUGUUUGGCAGAAUAGUUUAAUGAUAUUUAUCCAUAAAUUAUUUACAAAUAUGUAUAUCUACUUAGAUAUAUCAGAAUGUAUAGGAGUGGCCUAAAA